UGUACACACAAAUGUAAACAAAACAAAAAAUGUAAAUACACGUGAUAUUUAAAGUAAAUGAAGUAAAAUCAAUUAUUAAUAAAUAGUGAAUUGUGUGAAAAUAAUAAAUAAGUUUAGUGAAAAAUGAGUAUCGAGGGACAAUUAAUGUUUUACUACUGGAAUCUUUUUCCCUACGAAGACUGUUGUCGAUGGUUCAGUUACAUGAAUGGGUACAUUUUGCCUCUUAGGGAAUUUGCAUUUGGAUCGGGUGAAAAGACGUUUCUGCGAUAUUUAUCGUUUAACAGUGCACUCGACUUUAAAUUAAAUACAAGGCGAAUUAUUCCAAAUAGAAUUGAUAUUGGUGCUGUGUACAAUAUAGCACCCCCUCUGGCUGUUAUUGGACAAACGAAAAAAUCCACCAGUUUUGCUGUGACACAAAGGGAAAUAAUAUUCGACAUUGAUAUUUCCGAUUACAAGGAAGUGAGAACUUGCUGCAGUCAAUCGGAAAUUUGUCGGAAAUGCUGGAAAUACAUGGCGUUGGCUUGCAAAAUUUUAGACACAUCCUUGAGGGAGGAUUUUGAUUUUGAACAUCUUUUGUGGACUUAUUCGGGAAAUCGGGGAAUUCACUGUUGGGUCUGCGAUGAAAAAGCACGAAAAUUAACUGUGCAAGAAAGAAAAUCGAUCGCCGAUUUUUUGCAAGUCGUUAAACCUGGAGCAUUCAAUGUAAAGCGAGUGAUUAUAAACAAAGAGCCAACUUUCUCGAUUAAAAGAGCUUUAGAAAUAAUUGAACCGAAUUUCAUUCAAGUUUGCAUUGAAGAGCAAAAUGUUCUCGGCACGGAGGAAGGAAUCGAAAAUUUCUGCAAUACAUUUCUUGCAGUUUACGAUGAGGAAACGAAGGGAAUCGUAAAAGAAAUUUUCCAACAAUUCGAAACGUCCAUAGAAAGAUGGAAUGCUUUCGAAGAAUUUUUGAAGAAGAAAAAUAAUUGGCAGAGUAAUUACGAGAUUGAAGAAAUAAAGCUUCAAUUCGUCUAUCCACGAUUGGACGUUAAUGUGACGACAGUUUUAACGCAUCUACUGAGAUGUCCAUUUAGUCCUCACAUUGGAACAAAUAGAAUUUGCGUUCCCUUCGAUCCGAAGAAAGUCGACGAUUUCGAUCCAACGACAUCGACAAAUUUUCCCGGAUUAUUCGACGAAUUACACAAAAAUGAAAACGAUAAUGAGAAUUUUAGUCAAAUCAAUAGUCAACACAACAAAAACAAUAGUAGCGAAAAGAAUUUGAAAAAUUUGGAAAAAUUUCGUCAAUCACUUUUCAUUUUUAAUGAGUUCCUUAAAAAUCUCGAAAAAUACAAAUUCUGUUCGUGAAAAUUCGAAAAAAAAUUCUCGUGUUG